GAUGAUGGCUUAGAUCCCUCUCAUUAUGUUUCAGCAUCUGGAAUGUUUAAUGAUUUAUUAUAUAAGAGCAGUGAAGUUGAACUUAAGCUCAUGAUAAAUAAGGAUAAGAACUUAAUAGUUAAGAAGAGUAUUCGUGAAGGCAUGACAAUAGCAAAAAUAUUAGAAAAAGUAGAUUCUGAAGAAAUUCAAUAUAUUCAAAGUAUAGCAUCAAAUGCAAAAAUAGGUUAUACAUUUGAAGUUGAUCUAGAAGUUCCAGUAUAUUUACAUAACUACUUUGCAGAUUAUCCAUUAGCAUCAGAAAAGCAGAUAGUUUCAGAAGACUGGCUUAGCUUGUAUAAUGAAAGAUUAGUAUAA